GGGGAAGCCGCCGGCCCGCUUGCCCAGGCCCGCUCGCUCGAGCUGCUUGCGGCCUUCAAGGAGGAGCUGGAGAGGCUGGUCGAGAAGCACGUGGGCUACGCGGUCGGGAACCUGGAGGAGGAGCUGCGCAGCACCCUCGUGAAGACGGUGAAGGAGGAGGUGGCCAGGCUCCGGGAGCCGCCCAAACCGCUGGAGUCGCAGCCAGCGUCGGAGGCGGGCUCGGAGAGCGCGGACAAGAGCACCAAGGGCCCCGCAGGCAAAGGCAGCGGAAGGGCCGCCCCGGCGCCGGGCCUGCUCGCCCGAGAGACGCCGGGGCACUGCGGAGAGGGGCCGCAGCCCGGGGCGGGCACGCAGCCGCUCGCGCACGGCGGCGGCGAGGCUCCGGUCCCUCCCGCGCAGCCCGCCGAGGUCUCGCAGCCGCACCCGAGGAGCUGCGGACAGUCGCGGGCGGGGAGCCUGGGGCCACCCGAGGCGCAGGGCAAGGAGCGCAAGCCCGCCGAGGGGGCCCAGGAGGCCGGGACGCAGAUGAAAGGGCCUGGCGACUUCUCAGCGCGGCAGUGGCGCAAGUGGCGGGAGCAGCAGGAGCGGGAGGAGCUUGCCCAGCUCCCGCCGGCCAAAAAGAAGAAGGUCGCCCAGGACCUCCGCAAGAAGUUGAAGGGGAAGUGGCCCGGGCUGGAGCAGGAAGAAGACAGGCACGUGGUGAAAGCGGUGCACUACGACUUCUGCGAGUGCGAGCACUUCGAGGCGGGAUGGGACCUCGAGACGGUUUUCGAGCUCUUCGAGGACUGCCCCAAGGCGGCGCUGUGCGAGGCGACGGAGCGGAACGACGCUAUCGCUGACAAGCCGCAGCGCGAUCUGGAGCGGGUGCAGGAGGAGCCCACAGCACCGCUUGCGGCGACAGCUUCGGCAAAGGGUCCGGAGGCUGGGCACGAGCCGCAAGCGACCCGAGAGGGCGCAUGCGACCAAGGCGGCAGCAAGAAGCCUAAGAAAGGCGGCCGCCGUGAGUGGCGCAAGCUGGACGUGCACGGGGCGGCACUCAAAGAGGCCCCGGCCGCAGCCAGCGGAAGCGCAGCGAACAGCAACGGCAGCGAGGCAUGCUCGAGGCCCGCGCGUGGCGCGACCAACAAGGGCCGCUACGGGAAUGGGGCCGGCAAGGGCGGGCGCGACCAUGAGGGGCCGCCCAGCUCAGGCUUCGCUGCCGAGUUCGUGGAAGCGGUGAGGAAGGGCUAUGGGCAGCCCAAAGUAGAUGAACUCGUGGAGGGCCCAUUGCGCACGGAGUUCGAGGCCUGCAUGGCCACGGUCGAGGGGAUCCUCGUGAAGGCCGGACCCCAGAAGGCGGCGGAGUGCCAGGCCGCCCUGCUGCACACCAUCGAGCAGCUGAUGCAGGAGAAG